CUACGCCGCCCGAGUAAUCGUACCGUGUCUUUCCUAGCUGUACGUCUGCAACACCAUACUCGUCCCCAAAUGUUAGCUCUAGCGCGCGGAAUGCGUCGAAGGCGCGGCCGUCGAGACGGAUCUGUUCCUUGAGAGCAUCUUGGAUGAACGCGCGCUCAUUGACGGAUAUCUGUGCUUCUUGAGGCAUGUUUGCCUCUCAUCAAAGCAGCAGCGUUGCGGUGCUGCAGGAAAGCUAUGCCAUCAAGAAAAGAUGGGCGGGGUCGGAGAAUACAUCCACCGCCGUCUUGGCGUUUGCGGCCUUUUCAUGAUACCGUGCAACCUUCACUCUGCCUUCACGCACGUAACACACAACAACGCGAGAGACUCCCGAAAACCGAUCGUCGCGGCUGCGGAAGCUACACACUACACAAUCACAACAUGACGACCGCCCACCGACCGACGUUCGAUCCCGCGCGCGGCAAAGAAGCAGCGCGCGGACCCGCCUACCACCAGCGCCUGCUGCCCGCUCACACCUUCCUCAAGCACAGACAGCCGGGACAGGGCGGCGAGGCCGAGUCGACCAAGCGCGACCUCCGCGCCGAGCUUCUCGAGGCCGAGGCGCGCCAUUUUGCGAAGAAGAACGGCACCUACGUCGAAGACGAUGCGGCGGCCGACCCCAGUUCCGCGUCCAAGCGACCGAUAGAGGCCAUCGAGGCAGGCGAGGAAGACGACACAGACGAGGCAGACCAGAAGCGGCGGCGGAUUGAGAUGCUGGAAAAGUACCGCGAUGUGGAUGCAGACGACAGCGACGCGAGCAGCGAAAGCAGCGACGACGACGAUGACGACGACGAAGAUGAGACGGCUGCACUCCAGCGCGAGCUCGAGAAGAUCAAGAAAGAAAGAGCGGAAGCGAAAGCCAAGGAGGACGCGGCACGCGCCGCAGAAGAGGAGGAGCAGCGCGAGAUCGACGUGGCCCGUGGCAACCCGCUGCUUAACAAGGGCGACUUCACCAUGAAGCGCCGCUGGGACGACGACGUCGUGUUCAAGAAUCAAGCACGAGGCACCGAGGACAAGAAUAAGAAGAAGGAGUUCAUCAACGACAUGCUCCGCUCCGACUUCCACAAGAAGUUCAUGUCCAAAUAUGUCCGCUGAGUGGGCUUGAUUUUCUUCUUCGUUUUGCAAACGUUCUAUUGAACAAGGUUGUGGUCACUCGAUAUCCCCGCUGAGGUCAAU